AUGGAGCAACUAUGGGACGACCGCAGUGCGCUCUUUGCAUGCUCCCUCACAUGCCGUGCGUGGUUACCUAGGGCGCGCACGCUCAUCCAAUAUGCCUACGUUAACAUCACAAGUUACAACGAGUAUACACAAAUCGAGAAGAUGCUCAAGAAGCGGCCUGUGAUUGCCCAAUUCAUCCGUCAUAUUUCAAUUAGCAAACCUCGAGCUUCCGGAUCAAGAUCCAAUCGGGUUGACCGCGAAUGGCCUCUGCUUCUCCAGAGGCUUCCUGCCGUUGAAUUCCUCAUGUUACGGAACUGGUCCUCCUGCGCUAUGUCGAACGCCGCCUUGAAGAAUUUGCACCUUUCGCUUUCGAGAAUCCGGACGCUCAGCGUUGUUUACAGCGAAUUGACGACUCAAAGGACAGGGAAUCAUUCUCGGUUCACCGAGCCUAUAGCACGGCUCGUGUGUGCCUGUCCACAGCUCACUUCUCUCAAGCUCUCGCAUAAACUUCGGCGGUCCAGCGAAUCCCCAAACGUACAGGAUCCUCAUCUACACCUGGCCAAUGUGGUUCCUGCAUGGCCGAUACAUAUAGAAUCACUGGAGAUUGCUGGAGUGGCCGUGCCUCUUGACUAUUGGCUGUUGAGGGGGCCUAUUCAUCUAGCCCCCAGACGAUUAUUACUGCAAUUUUCAAAUCGUACAGGCCUUUAUCAUAUUGAAUGGCGACACGCCGGGUAUCUUCGGCAGGCUGGCGCAGCAUUGCGCGAGCUGGUCCUUGUCUUUGAGUUCAUGUGGAGGCUUCAAUCCCAAUCCGACCCCCGCCUCAAUGCUUGCUUCAGUCUUGUAGAGAAUGAGCAUCUUGAAACUUUGCAUUUACAAUACAACUGUGGAAACCAUGAGGUUGGUGUUCGUGAAUUCAAUCUGGAGUAUGCGGCCUCUGCACUUUCCCAUAUUCCAACCCAUUCGCAUCAUGCACUGCGACACGUACGAAUUACGUUCAAAUUAUCGACUGUGGUUGCAGAAGGAAUAUACAAUAUAAUGCAGCUGUCGCCCGAGGUAGCAAGUGGGUGGGCUGUAUUAGACGAUGCGCUCUCUUUGUUUAUCAGAAGGCGGCCCCAGACGGAAGUCGAGAUUGAAAUUUACGAUGAACAUCCUCAGGGAUCCUUGACCGCUGGAUAUGGGACAGUGGUAUUCAUGAUGAUCUUUCUUACAAAGGUGCAAGCAGUGCCACAUCGAGUGAAGAUUAUCUACGGGAGGAAAUGGGACCCAAGUGCGGAUUUUGGCGGACGCACCACUGGAGAGCUUCUCGAGCAUUGGUUGGAAUAA